GUGGCUGUGCAUGUGGAUGAGCAGACCUGGGAGGUGCUUGUGCUCUCACAUCCCCAUCUAACCACCCAAUGCAGUAAAAGCACAAGCACACACACUAAUGGAAACCUGGAGGACACAAUGCAGCGCUCAGUGUGACUGGCAGCAGGGAGACCCCAGCGGCACGAUGAGGACAUCGCUCUGAUCGCUCGUAGGCACAUGCCCGGAUAGGUACCAGCCAUGCAGACGGCAGGGUGCUGGGCUCCAUGGAUCUGCUGCGUGAUUGGAUGCGUCUAUGUGGUCCAUGGCAGUAUCCAGCCAGAUACCUGGGUGACGGAGAUGCACAGGAAGAAAGAAAACAGAUUCUCGGGGAGGGAAGACACGGUCCCCCUGCGUCUGAUCUUCAGCAGUGAGCAGGACAACCAGACUGGCCAGAGUUUACUCAGCACCCGGGUGAGGACGGACAGCUCCCAAGACAAGUCCACCCACAUUGCACAGGCCAGCUUUCAAAUCGAUGCCUUUGGAACUUCGUUCAUCUUGGAUGUUGAACUGAACCAUGACUUACUGUCUUCAAGCUAUGUGGAAAGACACAUAACAAACGAGGGAAACAUAGUGGAAGUCAAAGGCGGGGAGCAUUGCUACUACCAGGGACACAUCCGAGGGAAACCCAGGUCAUUCGUGGCCCUGUCAACGUGUCAUGGACUACAUGGGAUGUUCUGUGACGGGAAUCACACGUAUCUCAUCGAGCCCGGAGAGAACUACAACCCAAACGAGGAUUACCACUUACACUCUGUUUACAAAUCAAGAAUACUUGAAUUUCCCCUUGAUGAACUGCCGUCAGAAUUCUGGUCGUUGAAUGAGACAAUUGUGAAGCUUCCACAGACAAGGAGAUCUCGCAGGAAGAAGAGGCAAAGUAUUGAGCAGCUACCUGGCAAUGUCAUAGACGAGACAAAAUAUGUUGAGCUGAUGAUUGUGAAUGAUCACCUGAUGUAUAAAAAGCACCGUUUAUCUGUUGGCCAGACAAACAAUUACGCCAAGUCUGUUGUGAAUUAUGCAGAUGUGCUAUAUAAGGAGCAGCUGAACACGCGGAUCGUGCUGGUCGCCAUGGAAACCUGGGCCGAUAACAGUAGAAUUAGCAUUGAUGGAAAUCCUCUCAAGACGCUGAAAGAGUUUAUGAAAUACAGGAGGGAUUUUAUCAAAGACAAAAGUGAUGCUAUACAUCUCUUCUCGGGGAGUCAGUUUGAAAGCAGCAGGAGUGGAGCAGCAUACAUUGGUGGCGUGUGUUCACUUCUGAAAGGAGGCGGUGUGAACGAGUUUGGAAGGGUGGAUGUCCUGGCAAUCACAAUGGUACAAUCCUUGGCUUACAAUUUGGGCAUUUUUUCUGAUAAAGAGAAGAUGAGGAGAGGGGAAUGUACUUGCGAGGACAGGUGGCAUGGAUGUAUCAUGGAAGACACUGGAUACUAUCUUCCCAGCAAGUUUUCCAACUGUGACAUUGAUGAAUACCACAAGUUUCUGAAUAGCGGUGGAGGUGCCUGCUUGUUUAAUAAGCCCUCAAAGCUUUUGGAUCCUCCUGAGUGUGGCAAUGGCAUUGUGGAAGCUGGCGAAGAAUGUGACUGUGGGACCGUUGAGGAAUGUGCGAAAGAGGGAAACGAAUGUUGCAUGCAGUGUAAGUUAACAGAAGGCUCGGAGUGCAGUGAUGGGAUAUGUUGUACCACAUGCAAGCUGAAUCCUAAAGGAAUGUUGUGCCGGGAAGCAGUGAAUGACUGUGACAUCCCAGAGAUGUGUACAGGAAAUUCCAGCCAGUGUCCUCCAAAUAUACAUAAACUGGAUGGGUAUCCAUGUGAAGAAAAGGAGGGCCUUUGUUUUGUUGGGAGAUGUAAAACUAGAGACAGACAGUGCAAGUAUAUCUGGGGUGACAAAGUGGCAGCUGCAGACAGGUAUUGCUAUGAGAAGCUGAACAUCGAAGGCACUGAAAAAGGCAAUUGUGGGAAGACUAAAGACACCUACAUACAGUGCAGCAAACAGGAUGUCCUUUGUGGUUAUCUGUUAUGUACCGACACUUCGAGUGUGCCUAGGCUGGGUGACCUGGAAUCGAUUACAUCAGCCUCUCUCUUACAUCAAGGCAAACUUUUAAACUGCAGUGGUGGCUAUGUGAAACUGGAUGAGGAAAAUGAUCUGGGAUAUGUGGAAGAUGGCACUCCAUGUGGAGAGGGAAUGAUGUGCCUGGAUCACAGAUGUCUUCCUAUUGAUCCCUUCAAUUUCAGCUCAUGCAUGGGCAGCACAAACAAAAUUUGCUCUGGAAAUGGGAUCUGUAGCAACGAAGUGAAGUGUAUCUGUGACAAGUACUAUAUGGGGGAAGACUGCAGCGCGUUUUUUCCAUAUAAAAGCACAUCCAAGCCAGACGUAAUUCAUGAUGGCAUGGUUAGCACAAACAUAAUCAUAGGAGCAAUUACUGGUACCAUGCUAGUGUUGGUGUUGGUAUUAGGAAUUACAGUUUGGGGUUACAAAAACUAUCGGAGAGAAAGACAAAUACCCCAGGGAGAUUAUGUAAAAAAGACUGGAGAUGUCGACUCUUUUUAUAGCGACUUGCCUCCUGGAGUCAGCUCCAACUCAGCAUCUAGUUCUAAGAAGAGAUCGAAUGGUCUGUCUCACUCAUGGAGCGAGAGGAUACCCGACACCAAAAAUGUCUCCGAUGUCUGUGAAAAUGGACGACCGAGGAGCAAUUCUUGGCAAGGAAACAUAAGCAGCAGCAGGAAAAAGCUUCGGGGAAAGCGAUUCAGACCUCGCUCCAAUUCCACUGAGUAUUUUAACCCCUUCUACAAAAGAGAACAUUAUGUAGCUAUAUGGGUAGAAGAUGUGAAUAAAAACACAGAUGGACCAUACAUUAGGUAUUAUGUAAUGUGA